UCCUUCCUGGAGUCAAAGCUGAAGCAGAGGUGGUGGCUGUGGCGGUGGCGGUGGCGGCCCGAAACGCGGCGGUGAGUGGCCCGCGCGACACGCGCCGGCCCCGACCCUAUGCGGUGACUUGUGCGGCGCAGGCGCUCCUGCCCCGCCGGCGGGGCCCAAGCUUCCCGCGGCGGGAUGUUCUCCCGAAGGAGCCACGGGGAUGUGAAGAAGUCCACCCAGAAGGUGUUGGACCCCAAGAAGGACGUGCUGACUCGCCUGAAGCACCUGCGGGCGCUGCUGGAUAAUGUGGAUGCAAGUGAUCUUAAGCAGUUUUUUGAGACCAACUAUUCGCAGAUAUAUUUCAUCUUCUAUGAAAAUUUUAUAACACUGGAAAAUAGUUUAAAAUUAAAAGGGAAUAAUAAGUCACAAAGGGAGGAGCUGGACUCCAUCCUCUUUCUUUUUGAAAAAAUACUGCAGUUUCUACCUGAGCGAAUUUUCUUUCGAUGGCAUUACCAGAGUAUAGGCUCAACUUUAAAGAAGCUUCUACACACUGGAAAUUCUAUUAAGAUAAGAUGUGAAGGAAUCAGGUUGUUUCUUUUGUGGCUUCAAGCACUGCAGACAAACUGUGCAGAAGAACAGGUGCUGAUUUUUGCAUGCCUCGUGCCUGGUUUCCCAGCGGUCUUAUCAUCUAAGGGGCCCUGUACACUGGAGACACUCAUCAAUCCUAGCCCUAGUGUAGCUGAUGCAAAAAUAUUUCCAGAAGAAAUCACUCCACUCCUGCCAGCCAUAUCAGGGGAGAAGAUUGCUGAGGACCAAACCUGCUUUUUUCUUCAAAUACUGUUGAAGUAUAUGGUUAUUCAGGCUGCAAGCUUGGAGUGGAAGAAUAAGGAGAAUCAAGAUACUGGUUUUAAAUUUCUUUUUACAUUAUUUCGAAAGUAUUAUCUUCCUCAUUUAUUUCCAUCAUUUACUAAGUUAACAAAUAUCUACAAACCUGUACUUGACAUCCCGCAUUUGAGACCAAAGCCAGUGUACAUUACUACAACUCGAGAUAAUGAAAACAUUUACAGUACAAAAAUUCCAUACAUGGCAGCUCGUGUGAUUUUUAUUAAGUGGCUUGUAACUUUCUUUUUGGAAAAAAAGUAUCUAACUGCAACACAAAACACUAAAAAUGGAGUUGAUGUAUUACCGAAAAUCAUUCAGACUGUUGGUGGUGGUGCAGUGCAAGAGAGGGUGCCAGAGUUGGAUAGCAGUGGGCCUGCAGAGCAGGACAAAAACCAUUCUAACAGCAGCACCUUGUCUGACCGAAGACUCAGCAACACCAGCCUUUGCAGCAUUGAAGAAGAGUACCGAACAGUGUAUGAAAUGGUACAGCGGAUUCUCUUGUCAACACGUGGUUAUGUCAAUUUUGUGAAUGAAGUAUUUCGCCAGGCAUUUUUAUUGCCUUCCUGUGAAAUAGCUGUAACAAGAAAAGUAGUCCAAGUGUAUAGAAAGUGGAUCCUGCAGGACAAACCUGUGUUCAUGGAGGAACCAGAUAAAAAAGAUGUUGCCCAAGAAGAUGCUGAAAAAUUAGGAUUUUCAGAGACUGACAACAAGGAGGUCUCAUCUGAAAAUUCUGGUCAUAAACGAUCUUCCAGUUGGGGACGCACAUACUCUUUCACAAGUGCCAUGAGCAGAGGAUGUGUGACAGAAGAGGACAAUACAAAUGUGAAAGCUGGGGCCCAGGCUAUGCUGCAGGUAUUUUUGACAAAUGCUGCAAAUGUCUUCUUGCUGGAACCAUGUGCUGAAGUUCCCAUGCUCUUGAAAGAACAGGUUGAUGCUUGUAAAGCUGUUUUGAUUAUUUUUAGGCGCAUGAUAAUGGAGCUUACAAUGAAUAAAAAAACAUGGGAGCAGAUGUUGCAAAUACUACUCAGGAUAACAGAAGCUGUCAUGCAGAAGCCAAAGGAUAAACAAAUAAAGGACUUGUUUGCCCAGAGCUUGGCAGGGUUACUAUUUAGGACCCUCAUUGUGGCUUGGAUCCGAGCAAACCUCUAUGUGUACAUUUCUCGAGAGCUCUGGGAUGACUUUCUUGGUGUGCUGUCCUCCCUCACGGAAUGGGAGGAACUCAUCAGCGAAUGGGCCAACAUUAUGGACUCUUUGACAGCAGUGCUUGCAAGAACCGUUUAUGGAGUUGAAAUGACAAACCUACCUCUGGAUAAAUUAAGUGAACAAAAAGAGAAGAAACAACGAGGCAAAGGCUGUGUUAUAGAUUCUCAAAAAGGGACAACUGUGGGGAGAUCUUUUUCUCUCAGCUGGCGGAGCCAUCCAGAUGUGACUGAGCCAAUGCGAUUUAGGAGUGCCACCACUUCUGGAGCACCAGGAGUUGAGAAGGCAAGAAAUAUCGUUCGCCAGAAAGCAACUGAAGUGGAGGAGUGUCAACAAUCAGAAAAUAUACCUGCAGCUGAGUCCAGUCAUCUCCUGGUGGGACAGCAGCAGGUCUUCCGGAGCAGCAGCACGUCUGACAUCACUGAGCCACUGUACUUGGAUUCUUCUCAGGGUCAAAAGGUAGAAAAUGCACAGAAUUUGAGUUCAGAACCCAGGGCUAUUCAAGAGAAUAAAGGACAUUUGAAGAGAGAACAUGAAGGAAUAACAAUCUUAGUUCGAAGAAGCAGCAGCCCUGCUGAAUUGGAUUUGAAGGAUGAUUUGCAGCAGACACAAGGAAAAUGUGGGGAAAGACAGAAGAGUGAUAGUACCAGCAGUGACACAGCUCUAGGCUUUAACAAUGAGGCAGAGCUGUCUAUGAGCCCAUGGCAGACUUGUGAGGAAGAUCCAGAACUGAACACUCCCACAGAUGUUGUGGCUGACUCUGAUGCCCGCCAUUGGUUACAACUGAGUCCAACUGAUGCUUCAAACUUAACAGACAGCAGCGAGUGUCUUGCAGAUGACUGUAGUAUAAUUGCUGGAGGGAACCUCACUGGUUGGCACCCAGAUUCUGCUGCUGUACUGUGGCGAAGAGUCUUGGGAAUCCUCGGAGAUGUGAAUAAUAUCCAGUCGCCCAAGAUCCACGCCAAAGUUUUUGGCUAUCUCUAUGAACUCUGGUACAAACUAGCAAAGAUACGGGAUAAUCUAGCAAUAAGCCUGGAUAACCAGUCUUCUCCAUCUCCUCCAGUCUUGAUCCCACCACUCAGAAUGUUUGCAUCAUGGCUAUUUAAGGCAACGACGCUGCCAAAUGAAUACAAGGAAGGCAAACUACAAGCCUACAGGCUGAUCUGUGCCAUGAUGACCAGACGCCAGGACGUUCUGCCAAACUCAGAUUUCCUGGUGCAUUUUUACCUUGUGAUGCACCUGGGAUUAACCAGCGAGGACCAGGAUAUCUUAAAUACCAUUAUAAGGCACUGUCCACCCCGCUUCUUUUCCCUGGGUUUGCCUGGAUUCUCAAUGCUGGUGGGAGACUUCAUCACGGCUGCAGCCAGGGUCCUCAGUACAGACAUGUUGGCGGCACCUCGUGUGGAAGCUCUCACCAUCCUGGGUUCCCUUGUGUGCUUUCCAAAUACCUACCAGGAGAUCCCUUUACUUCAACCAGUGUCGGAAGUGAAUGAAGUCAUUACAGGAACUGAAGAUGUGAAGCAUUACCUCAUAUAUUUACUGAAGAAUGCCACAGAGGAACCAAAUGAAUGUGCAAGAUGCAUCGCUGUUUGCUCACUUGGGGUUUGGAUCUGUGAAGAGCUUGUACAGUGUACCAUCCAUCCUCAGGUGAAAGAAGCCAUCAAUGUGAUAGGUGUAACUUUGAAGUUUCCUAACAAAAUUGUGGCUCAGGUGGCCUGUGAUAUUCUUCAGUUGCUGGUUUCCUACUGGGAGAAACUUCAGGUGUUUGAAACCUCUCUGCCUCGGAAAAUGGCAGAAAUCCUUGUGGCUACGAUUGCUUUCCUUUUACCAAGUGCUGAGUACUCCUCAGUGGAAACAGAUAAGAAGUUUAUUGUAUCCUUACUCCUCUGCCUCUUGGACUGGUGCAUGGCAUUGCCAGUGAAUGCCCUUCUCCACCCUGUGUCCACGGUGGUCCUGGAGGAGCAACACCCAUCCCAGGCCCCCUUGCUGGAUUAUAUCUAUAGGGUUCUGCACUGCUGUGUUUGUGGCUCGAGCACGUACACCCAACAGAGUCAUUAUACACUGACUCUGGCUGACUUGUCAUCCACGGAUUAUGACCCCUUUCUGCCACUGGCAAACGUGAAGAGCUCUGAGCCAGUCCAGUAUCAUUCAUCAGCAGAAUUGGGGAACCUGCUGACUGUUGAAGAGGAGAAAAGGAGAAGAAGUGUGGAGCUGAUCCCUCUGACUGCCCGAAUGGUGAUGGCCCACCUGGUGAACCACCUGGGUCACUACCCUCUCAGUGGGGGCCCAGCCAUGCUGCACAGCCUUGUCAGUGAGAACCACGACAAUGCCCAUGUGGAAGGCACUGAGCUGUCCUCUGAGGUGUUCAGGAGCCCAAACCUGCAACUGUUUGUAUUUAAUGACAGUACCCUCAUCUCCUACCUUCAGACACAUGCAGAAGGACCAGGGGGCGCACUCUCAGAAGGACCAGAGGGAGCCCUCUCAGAUGUGAGAGUCAUUGUGAGGGAUAUAUCAGGGAAGUACUCUUGGGAUGGAAGGGUUUUAUAUGGACCUCUGGAGGGAUGCUUAGCACCCAAUGGAAGAAACCCCUCAUUUCUGAUUUCGGGCCACCAUCAUCACACUUUUGGACCUCAGAAAGAUCAUUCUCAAAUCGAAGAUGGAGAUGAUGUCCUUGACAAACUACUUGAAAACAUUGGCCACACUAGUCCCGAAUGCCUUUUACCAUCACAGCUAAAUCUAAAUGAGCCCUCCCCACCCCCACAUGGCAUGAAUCGUGAGCAAGAGAAGGAAAUCAUUGAGGUCAUUUUGCGCCAGAGUGCACAGGAAGAUGAAUAUGUUCAGAGAUGUAAUUCUGAUUCUGUGAUGAAUGUCACCAGCCAAGGGCAGCCCUCACCAGUGGAGCCCCGAGGACCUUUUUAUUUCUGCAGGUUGUUGCUUGAUGAUUUGGGAAUGAAUUCUUGGGACAGAAGGAAGAACUUUCAUCUAUUGAAGAAAAAUUCAAAAUUAUUGAGAGAACUAAAAAACCUAGACUCUCGUCAGUGCCGUGAGACACACAAAAUUGCAGUAUUUUACAUUGCCGAAGGUCAAGAAGACAAGUGUUCAAUCCUUUCCAAUGAAAGAGGAAGCCAAGCAUAUGAAGAUUUUGUGGCUGGUCUUGGAUGGGAGGUGGAUCUUUCCACCCACUGUGGCUUCAUGGGUGGCCUUCAGCGCAAUGGCAGCACUGGGCAGACUGCCCCUUAUUAUGCUACCUCGACUGUGGAAGUGAUUUUCCAUGUUUCCACUCGGAUGCCAUCAGACUCAGAUGAUUCACUUACCAAAAAGCUCCGUCACUUGGGGAAUGACGAGGUCCACAUUGUCUGGUCUGAACACUCCAGGGACUACCGUAGGGGUAUUAUCCCUACCGCCUUCGGAGAUGUUUCAAUCAUUAUUUACCCAAUGAAGAAUCACAUGUUCUUUAUCGCCAUAACAAAGAAACCCGAGGUAUGUUCCAUUUUUGGUCCUCUGUUCGAUGGAGCCAUAGUGAGUGGGAAGCUGCUGCCAAGCCUUAUAUGUGCCACGUGCAUCAACGCCAGCAGGGCUGUGAAGUGCCUCAUCCCACUCUACCAGAGCUUCUAUGAAGAGAGAGCUCUGUAUCUUGAAGCAAUAAUUCAGAACCACCGAGAAGUCAUGACAUUUGAGGAUUUCGCAGCUCAAGUCUUUUCUCCCUCUCCCAGCUACUCUCUCAGUGGAACGGAUUAAAGUACUUAAAGGUCUCAUUACAAUAUUUGAUCAAGGGGCCUUGGCCUCCAGCCUGAGUGCCAACCUCAAGGAGCCCCUUGGUGUGGAGGAGACAGACCAGAUUCCCCUGCCCUUUUCCCUUGGCUCCAAACCCAGAGACUUCAGGAAACUCCACGAAUGUGCCAGCGCCCUCAGCAAGCUUCCCUAUUAUUGGAUCUCCGAAGUCAAAGGUGGAUUCCACUGAACUAUUUCAUGUGGAACUUUCAAGUGAGGCUGUGUCAUCUCAUCCUAAAACCUCACAAACCUCCGGCAUCCAAAGAAGAAAAGAAAAAGUCACCAACAACCAGAGACAAACCCACUAUCUCUGGUUUGCUCUGGUGGCUGCUCCCGUUCAGGGAGGGGGCACAGGGAUGUUGGUUUCUGUACCCCAAGUGGUUACCCUCAUUUAUAAAUCCAAGCAGGAUUCCUAGAGGGCAGCAAAACAAUUGUAGAAUUGUGGAAUUUUCUCUGUGUUGAUUUUGUUAGUUCGUCUUAUGUUAUGAUUUAUGGUUUACUCAAAAAUUUCAUCAUCAUGGAAAUUGGCUUUCCCUGGGGUCUUUAGCCCAGGAGUUUUCUCUCAGUUGUGAAGUCUUUUGCCACCUGGUACCUGAGGCCCACUCACUGAAGAGAUUCUCCUGACCACUCAGAGGCUUCCCAGAUCACAACAGUUAUGCUCCUAUCCCAGAACACUCAGAAGUCUCUGGAAGUACAGGGUCCUAUCCUUGUGAGAGCUCCUGUAGGACAAGAAGCAUCCUCAGGCUUAGCCCCACAUCCAUACAAAAGGCAAGUGCCAGUGUCUGGUGCCACAGUGAGGUGGUUGGAAUGGAAUGUCCAGAUGCCUCCAAAGCUUCACCUGCAUUUUCCUCCUGGCUAUUAUUCAAAGAAAUGCUUGGAAAUGUUUCUUGUCACACAGAUUUCAAGCAGGAGAUUUAUUUGAUCCAUAUUUUUACCUAUUUGGACCUGUUUAAAAAAAGAGGUAAAAGUAGGAAGGAGGGAAGGAAAGGAGGGACUGAGAGAGGGAGGAAGAAAAUAAAAAGUCCUGCCUUCUGUCUGGGCUUGCCCAGCUCCCUUGCUGGGCAUCUCUGGGUGAACCCUACCUUGCAGCAACAGGGAAAUCAAUCCACAGAGAAGACAGCCUUCUUCCUGUGUCCAGCCCCUGGGAGCUGUCUUAGAGCUAGAGGUUUGGUCCUCUCCCCAAUCUACCUGAAAGAGAAAUCUAAGAAACUCAUCAGAGGCCAUCGCCCACUGCACAGUUCUUGCUCUUGUGAGAUCAUUUCACAGUGCUUAGUGCCCCUUGGUUUGGAGUGAGAAAGCAGUAGGCAGUAUGCAGCCAUGAUUGGCCCCAGUCAUGGAAAGAUGUGUAGACUCCUUCCCACCUUCCUGUCUUCUGUAUGCUGCCUUCGGCUCUUCACACACUCAUAUGUCACCCUUACCCUGCCUAGUCAGUGGACAGCCUAAAGAAGCCCACUGAGCCUGCUCAUCCCAUCACAGCAGCUACCUUCCCUAAGAAGCCAAUUUUUUCCAUGAGCCAUUGAGUUGAUUUGGCUGAUACCUGACAGGGGCAGACCCAGGAGUCAGAUUAACCCUUGGGACAAGUGAGAGAUGACUGAGAACAUCAUUCCCAUCAGAAGAGUGGAACUUCCAGUGUUAGAGAGAAUCUGUCUACUUUAUAGAGGAUUGCAGGCAGGAUUUGAGUCCCAGGACCACUGGGUAGAGCUGUUUGAAUAUAAGAGAAUCGGGGGACAUUCCAAAGUAGAAGUAAGCUUUAAUCACUUUGGGCUGUUUUCUUUUGGGGAGUGAGGGAGUGCUGAGGACUAAACCCUAGUGCCUUGUGCCUGCUAGGCAAGAACUCUAGCACUGAACUACAUCCCCAACACUUUAGGGCUGUUUCCUAAUGGGUGCAAUGCAUUCACUUCUUGGGGGCUUAAUAGCAAAACAAAGUCCUGGCAUUUCCUAUCCUGCCAGCAAAUCCUUUGCUUCUUAUUCUCACCCACUCCCUCUCCUACCCUUUCCUUUUCUUUAAGUGAUUUGAGCUUUCUGGUCAGCAGAGUUUGGCCAGUGUUGCUCCGGCUGUGACUGUUGUUGAUAUGCUUGGUUUCAUGUUUACAAAGUACCCAGACUUCGUUCCUGUAGAAAAGAGCAUCACUUCUUCCUGGGGUCCCAAGUCCCAGUAGCACUCUGACAGCAAAUAACUUCCCAGAGAACAUUUUAACUCCAGGCUCUAGAAAUCCCUGUUGCAGAGUUCCUGGAUAUAGUAGAAGAAUUUGGAAGUCUUUUUUUUUUUUCCAUUGGUGCUGGGGAUGGAACCCAGGACCUUGUGCAUGCUAGGCAAAUACUCUGCCACUGAGGAACAUCCCCAGCUCCUGGAAGUCAUAUCUAACUCCCCUGGACCUCUGCACCAUGAUUUCAUUUUGCCUCCACCAACCCGUGCUUCUGACCUUGGAGUGGGAAAUUCAAUUGUAGGUAGCCAAUAACUUGACCUUCGUGUAAUCCCUAAUUAUUUUAACAACCCUAUGACCCCAGAUGACAGCCAGCAGUUUGCGGAUAGAGAAUUUUGUUUCCUUUUAGUUCACUUUUCUCAGUAACAGCUUUGGUUUAGAGAUGGAGUAGGGGAGCAGGGACUCUGGCAACCAUGUUUGCUUGCAAUCAUAUGAACUUGGCUGUUUUUGUUAUUUGGGGUGGAAAAUUGAAAUGAUGAAUUUUUUUUAGUUAGAAAAAUAAAUAUUAUGUUUUCAUAAUAAAUGCCUCUUAGCAAAAUUUCUGAGGGUCACUCAUCCAGUAGAGACCCUCCUGAGUCACAGCGCUGACUCAUCACAUUAAUAUUAGUAGGUCAAGUCAUCUGUAAACACAAGUGUCCCUAAUCGGCUGGAAUGUGGUAAGAUUUGCUGACCUCACACUGGGCCUGGACAAUUCCCUCAUUUCUCUGCAUGAUAAUUUCCAGAUUUCCAUCUAGAGUGAACUAAUGUUUAUCAUAUCAUUGAUUAGGAUUUAUACUUUAAAAAAUAGUAACUCCACAAAAUAAAUUUUAAAAUAAUCCUUGAGUAGACAGAAGGAAAGAAACUUAAACUGGGUAAGUGACUAUCACAGUGUCUUCAGCUGCCAUACCUGCAGCUUUUAAGAGCCAUGGGGUGGAGGGGAUCCUUGACUUUGUGAUGUGGGUUGAUUGAUCAGGACCCUUAGCCUUACAAACAAGAGAUCAUGCAGAUUCAGAGAUCCACACAAAUCCAGUCUUCCUCAUCUUUCUCAGGUGUCACCACCUGGGUGCCACUGACCUGUGAUCUUUGCAUCAAGUGAAGAUUUGAUGAAUCCUUCAAAACUUACUAUGAUGUCUUAUAUGUAGCCAUGUUACUUUUUAUCUACCGAAGACAGGAGUCCACGUCUGAAGGGAAAUUCAAUGUGAAGCGACCAUCAUUGUAGUUGCACUCAAUAUCUCUGUAUGACAUAUACAUUAAGUGAAUGUUUUCUUAUAUUUUCAGGUCUACAAUGUGUAAAUAGGGGGGAAAUUUGAUAAACAUGGUAAAUUAAGUUAUAGCUGUCAUUUGAUUCUUAUUUUGCUAUCUCUUUUUAUUUAAUUUUCCUGAUGCUGCACAUCUAGGUUCAUUCUUAGGUGGUAGAAACCUUCACAUCUAGCCCACCUUCCCAGGUGUGUGUGUGUGUGUGUGUGUGCACACACAUGCACCAGGACACACUCCACAGAGGCAGCCAUGCCUAGGAAAGCACACAGCUCCACUGAUGACGUCUCUUGACUCUCUACCCUCUUCCCCUUGAUUUCUGAUUAACUGUGAUGAUUUAAUAAAGUGGAGAGAACAGCACUGAAGUGCUAUGUGUUUGGGUCAUUCUCAUGGUUUGUAGGAAAAUAAAGUUUAUCCU